AUGCCCGGCGACCACUCCACCUCUCCCACCCUCAUCGACGAAAUCAGAGGCGGCCUCUCUGGUGAGGGGACUCCCUUCGCCGCCGAGGCCCCCCUCAGCCGCACCAGCUCCAAGAAACUCUCGCACCACGACACCCAGAGCUCCUCCACAGAGAAGGCUGCCGAGCUCCCCAAGCACGAGGAUGCCGCCCCCCAAGCAGACGAGUCUGGUUUGUUAUCCGGCGCCAGACUGUAUCUUGUCUUCCUCGCCAUGAUGCUAUGUGUCUUUCUUCUGCUUAUCUUGUUUACAGACCAGAGUAUCGUCAGUACUGCCAUUCCGGUCAUCGUCUCCGACUUUAACGCGUUCGACCAAGUCUCGUGGAUUAUCACUGGGUACUUCUUGACACAAUGUGGUCUCAUCUUGCUUGUUGGUCAGAUGUUGACCGUCAUCAAGUCCAAGUGGAUGCUUCUGGGCUCCGUAUUUUUCUUUGAGCUCGGAUCUCUCAUUUGCGGCGUUGCCAAAGAUAUGACUACUCUGAUUGGUGGACGAGCCGUUCAAGGUAUUGGUGCCUCAGGAAUGUUCGUCUCCAUCUUGACCAUCAUCGCCAUCAUCACCCGUGUUGAGCAGCGUGCCGCCUUCAUGUCCUCGUUCGGUAUCGUUUUCGUUAUCUCUUCCGUCGUUGGUCCUCUCUUGGGCGGUGUCUUUACCGAACGCGUUACCUGGAGGUGGUGCUUCUACAUUAACCUGCCCUUCGGAGGUCUCGCCGCCGCCGCCGUCGUGUUUUUGCUUCCCGCUCAUGCUCCUGCCAAAUCCGGCUCUGAUGACACCACCGAGAGGUCUGUCCUACACAAGAUCUUGCGUUUGGAUUGGCUCGGUACGGCUUUGAUCUUUUGCUGUAUGACCUGUCUCCUCCUCGCCCUCAGUUGGGGUGGUAACGAGUACUCUUGGAAGAGCUGGCGUAUCAUUCUUCUUUUCAUCCUCGGUGGUCUCCUGGUCAUUGCUUUCGGCGCCUGGCAAUGGUUCUAUGACAAGCGCGCUCUUAUCCCUGUCUCCUUGUUCAAGAAUCGCACCCUUACCAUGUCUUCCGGCGCCAUUUUCUUCUGGAUGCUUUCCAUGCUCGGCGGUACUUAUCAGCUCCCUCUCUUCUACCAAGCUGUCCGAGACCACUCGCCCGAAAAGUCUGGCAUCGACAUCAUCCCAUUCAUGCUUGCUAUCUGUAUCUCCAUCUUCAUCUCUGGCGGUUUCACUACCAAGUUUGGCCGAUACUGGCCCUUCCUCGUCGCCGGCCCUCCCUUCGCUGCCUCCGGUUUCGGUCUCCUCUAUACUAUCGAUUCUUCCACCUCUAGCUCCAAGAUCAUCGGCUAUCAGAUCCUCGCCGGUUUCGGUAUCGGCCUGUCUUUCCAGAUGGUCUUCAUGGCUAUCAACGCCGAGUACCACGAGCGCCCUGCGCUCUUGCCCCAGGCUACUGGUACUAUCAGUUUCUUCCAGCUGACCGGUGCUGCCUUGGGUACUGGUAUCAUCAACACCGUCCAAUCCGUCUACCUCAACACUGAAAUCAAACGUCUGGCCCCCGACGUCGAUUUCAACCUCGUCCGCCAGUCCGUCUCUGCCAUCUACACUCUCGACCCUGCCCAACGUCCCCCCGUCAUCGACGCGUAUGUGAUCAGUAUCACCAAGAGUUUCAUCCCAAUCAUCACGUCAGUGUGUCUGGCAUUGGUGUUUGGAGGGUUCAUCAAGAACCAUAAUAUGUUGACGAAGGGUGGGGCUGGUGGAGCCCAUAUGGCGUAA